GGGCAGACCGCUGCCAUCCGGGACGCUGACCAAACGCUGAUCCAGCCAGUCCAGUCCGGAUGCAAUCGAUCGCUCGCUGCGCCACCGCUGCCGCUUGUCUUCCCCUGCACAGAGCAAGUCGCUCAGCUGUCCAGAACCUCACCACCGCCCAACGAUUCGCCCCCAGCUUCGUCCCUAUCCGCAAGAUGUCCCUGUCCAUCGUUUCGACUCCUGAUGCUCCCGCGGCCGUUGGCCCGUACAACCAGGCCAUAAAGGCUGGUAACUUGCUCUUCGCCUCCGGCUCCCUCGGGAUCAACCCUGCGACCGGAAAGCUGGUGGACGGUGGUGUUGAGGCCCAGACGAAGCAGGCCCUCAAGAACAUGAAGACAGUCAUCGAGGCUGGCGGGGCGACGAUUGACAAGGUGGUGAAGACCACGGUCUUCCUCGCCGACAUGAAUGACUUCGCAGCCAUGAACGCUAUCUACGCUGAGUUCUUCGGCGGUCACAAGCCCGCGCGGUCGGCGGUGCAGGUGGCACGUCUGCCGCUCGAUGGUCGCUUUGAGAUUGAGUGCAUUGUCAGCCUUGCCUGAGACGACUGGGACGUCGCCGCGUUUGUAGAAGUUGUGCACCACAUAAGACCCCUUGCUGCUGUGUACGAUAGUUCUGUGCAGUGCAAAUUGUAUAAAAUUUAGCCCUC